AUGGCACAGGACGAGAACACAACACAACCGCAGCCUCGGGGCCCUCCUCCGGGGGCUACGGCACCCCCAGAUCACGUUGGCAAACCCCAAGUCUACGAAAUAUUCCACGGCUCGAAGCCCGAGGACAGGGAUGGGACCGUCUCGAGAGGCCCUUCAGAGGGUCAGCAGCAGGAACACAACCAGCGGCCGACGAUAUCGGAUGGAAUCAAGUCAAUAAAAUCGGAUGAUUUCCUCAACGUGCAUCAGAUCCCUUGUGCACGGCAAGGUUGGAUGACGGGCAUUGGCGCUGGUUUUGUCGUGGGCAUGGGACGGUAUCUCACGGGAGCACGUAUUCCCAAGGCAGCGAACUGGGCGGCCGCUUCCUUUAUGGCUGGAUCCAUAAUACAAUUUGAGGUAUGCCGGUACCAAAGGGAAGAAGAGCGCAAGGCCAUGGCUAGGGUGGUAGAAGUCAUGGACAGGAAGCAGGCCGAGAAGAAGGCCAAGGCUGAUGAGGUUGCACGGUUGAGAGCAGAGGCUCGGGAGAAGGCCAAGCAGGCGGAGCAAAAGAGCUGGUACAAGUUUUGGUGA